AUGGUGAUUCCCCGUUUCAGCCCUCGAUGCCCUCAAAUACCCGUAGACAUUCGUCACCUUCUACGCAUACCGCCUGACAUCACACUGCCCGUGGAGCCGGAGGAUGAGUUUAAAUGCCUCAACCUAGAUGUGACGGCGCCGAAGGAGCACGCCGGGCAGAAGUUGCCUGUUCUUGUCUGGAUACAUGGCGGCUCCCAGUCUGUGACGUUUGGCAGCGCUGCCUCUGGACUUUGUGAUAUGUCGCAAAUCGUGAGUGACUCUUCGAACAUGGGACAGCCCAUUAUUGCCGUCGCGAUUCAGUACCGACUGAACAUCUUCGCCUUUGGCGAUGAGAACACCUCGGCAAACCUUGCCUUGCAGGAUCAAGCCUUGGCCUUGAAUUGGGUUCAGGCUCACAUAGCUGGCUUCGGCGGUGAUCCGGAAGCCGUGACACUUUUUGGUGAGAGUGCGGGAGCGGUUUAUUGCCAUGCGCAUCUCGUAACUGGGGCACCGGCUCGUCAAGUGAUCUUGUCGUCUGGAUCACUGCAGCUGUCGCCCCCUCAGCCGAGGGAUAGGGCUGCUUUCAUGCGCAGUACUUUGAAUAAUUGCUUGGAAACUCUGGGAGAUUUUGAUAUAAGCACAGCCCCAGCGGAAAUCAUGGUGCAGGCUUUGGAAAUGUCCGGGAUCCAAUCUUGGUUUCUUCAGAUGGAGCCGUCACUUGAGGGAUGGCAGGAAGUGCCAGGCGGAGCAGAGAGAGUACUUGUCAGCGACGUGCAAAAUGAGGCCGUGUUAUUCCGCGACGGCAUCUGGUCGAUGACGGCUGCCGAAAUCGUUGGCAUCUUUGACCUUGCAGGGGAACACAGCGAGGCUCUCAAGCGAUGCUACAACAUCUAUCCUGAUCGGGAAUCUUCUUGUAAGCUCGGAGCUCUCGACUUCAUCAACGACAGCAAGUUCCUGCUCCCCGUCCAAGAACUGGUGCAACUGGGCAAGGACGCCAAAACUCCCGUAUACCAAUGCAUCAUCGACGAAGCAAACCCUUGGCAGCCAUCUAAUGGGGCACACCAUGCGAUUGAUCUGGUCUUGCUCUUCGGUGGGUUUGACUUGUCAUUCUCUCCGGCUGCGGAGAGAACUGGCGAGCAGAUGCGAAGGGCGUGGAUUCGGUUCAUUAACUUGCAGGAGCCUUGGUCUUCAGGAUCCUGCGCUGCCUUCGGGCCUUACGCAUUUACGUUCAUCAUGCGCUCAGGCUUGAAAGAUGUCAUCAUUGUCGGGGCUGGCCCUGCAGGUCAGCUCUUGGGGCUGAUGCUCGGGAGAGAUGGCAUUUCCGUGACCAUCAUCGAACAGACUUCUCAGCUAGAUGACAGGCCUCGGGCCACACACUACGCUCCGCCAGCGAUGAAAGUUCUGAACCGUGCCGGUUUGGGCGACAGCGUGCGCAAGCUCGGCUACUUGCCUGACAAGGUGACAUGGCGGAAGCCGGACGGCACGCACAUCGCGAGCCUUAGCAAUGAAGUCCAUGGAGACGACCCAGAUCGGCUGGUCGCGUUACCCCUAGGCGAUUUAGCCCGCCUCAUCCACGAUCAGUCUAAAGACCUGCCCACGGUCACUUACCACUUUGAAUAUCGUGUGACGGGGAUCGGACAAGAUGACAAGAAGGCUUGGGUCGACGUGGAGAACAGCCGCACCGGACAGAAGUCGCAACUCUCAGCCGAUUACAUCGUCGGUUGCGACGGGGCCAAUAGCAUCGUUCGGCGAUGUCUCUUUGGAGAUACGAACUUCCCGGGUCGAACAUGGGACGAGCAGAUUGUGGCAACAAACGUCUACUACGACUUUGAACAGUUCGGAUAUACUGACUCAAACUUCAUACUAGAUGCGAAGGACUGGUUCAUGGCGGCAAAAAUAACCAAAGACGGCCUCUGGCGCGUCACGUACGGAGAAGACACCGGACUGACGACGGACGAAAUCAUCGCCCGGUACCCCGAGAGGUUCAGAACCAUGCUGCCAGGGCGGCCUCGGCCAGAGCAAUACAAGCUCGUCGGCAUCAGCCCGUACAAGAUCCACCAGCGCUGCGCCGAGAAAAUGCGCGUCGGCCGGUUCCUGCUUGCUGCAGACGCAGCGCACCUCUGCAACCCUUUCGGAGGGCUCGGCCUCACGGGGGGCAUCGUCGAUGUCGGAGGGCUCUACGAGUGUCUGUCAGGAAUCUUCCUCGGCAAGGCGGACGAAAGCAUACUCGACGUCUACGACGAGGUCCGUCGAAGGAAGUACAGGGAGAUCGUCGACCCCGUGUCCAGCGAGAACUUCCGACGAAUUUUUUCGGUCCAUCCUGACAACGUGCUCGAGACCGACGAGUUCCUCAAGCUCUGCAAGGAGGCCGAAUCGGAUCACGAGAAGGCGGUGGAAAUGACUAAGGGCGCUCAAACGCUUGGCUAUGACUUUACGCAGCAUUACGGUCCUGGAACGAACGGCAACGGCGUUGGCGUUAGUCUUCUUUAA